AAUCUCCCAGUUCCAUCUCUGUCUUCCAUGUUCAUUCAAUGCUCUUCUUUGUUGAAGACCCACGUAAAUUAAGAGUUUGUUUUUGAAAUAUUAUCGAAAGGGAUUAGAAUACUUACUCUCAUGUUCGAAAUCCCAUACUUUUGCCACUCAAAAAACCCUGAGAGUUCAUCAAUAUGUGUUUCAAUGCUUUAGUAAACAAGAAUUCAGGUUUUAAGGGAAAUACUAUCUGCAAGAAUUUUCAUUCAAUAAAUAUGUCAAAAUCUGAAGUUGCCUGCCAGCGAGAUAAAGUCACAAAGGCCUCAACCCGCUUGAAAUCUAAUCAUAUCAUUCACCCUUCUUCAUCUUUUUCACCUUACUAAAACUACCCUCACUUCACUUCAUGAAGAUCUCAUCCUUCCUUCUCUUCUUCUUCCUCUCUGUUCUCCCUCUUUUAUCUCAACCUUCUCAGUCCACAGCCAUUCUUGUUGAUGGUGUUUCAGAGUGGAAGAGCCCAACCGUUCAUGUAGGAGACUUCAUCAUUUUCAAACACAAGUAUAACUACAACCUCUACAUUUUUAAGAACAAGAAUGCCUGUAAUCUCUGCAAUUUCACUCAAGCUACUCUUCUCACCGAGCCCAACUCCACCUCUUAUACGUGGCAUCCUUCACGCACUGGUUUCUUCUACUUCACGUUCAACAAUGGCUCUUUCAAAACGUGCCAAGCCUCUCAAAAGCUCGCCAUAGAGGUCUCAUUACCCCAAAAUGCAAGUACCAUUUCUCCACAGCACCCUCCAAUGGAUGCUCCGGCACCAGUUUCAGGUGGUGUUGUUUCGUCUUCUCCAGCAUAUCCCUGGCCUUUCCGCCCCCGCCAGGAGGCUGUUUCUCCAGGUUCAGCACCGUUGAGCCAUGGCGCUACUGCUCCUGUGACAGUGCCAUCUUUGGUGCCGGAUGCAGGAGGCGGCAUGCCGUUUAUUAAUAGUAAUCCUGCCAUUCCUUUGCCUACUGGUGAAGUGGAUUCAGCUACCAUAAGACCUCUUCCAACUUCAGGCCAAUCUAGACAGGUGGCGGUGGGGUUUCUUGCAGGUCAAAUGGUCAUCUUUUUUGUAGUUUUCCUUUUCCUGAUGCUGUAAAAAGAAAAUUCUGUCAUCUGUAAAAGAGCAAUCCUAUAUAUACAUACUUUAGACAUAAUUGAGUAUAUAAAUUAUGUAUCAUUAUGUGAUUUGGAAUUAUUAUCCAAUUAUGUCCUCAAAAGGGUGUAUUUUUAAAGUUUGUAUAAAAGCAAUUAAACAAUUACUUGGUAGUAAUCAGCAGUAGUAGGUUUGGUUAUUAAGAGAGAGUAAAGAUGAUUAUUAUAAGAAUAUGUAAUUUACUUUCACCAUAUUGUAUGGUAGAGUGAUUGAUGUUUUCUGAUUUUUACUUUGGAA